CGCCCUCCUGUGGGCAACUUGGGAAUUACAACAGUCGCAAAACUGCAACGAACUUUUCGUGAAAAUGACGCUGAAGUGUAAAAAGAAGUUCAGCGAAUCAACGUAUUUGUGGAGAAGUGACCUCGUGCGCCAUAUUGAGAAUCUAAUGAACUGUCCCUUUUUUUUUUUUUUUUUUUUUAACUUGGGUCGUCCGCCGCCGCCUGCAUUGAAAUGAGAUCCAACCCGUUCUGAGCCGCGCCGACCGCCUCAACCUGCUCGGCGACCAGGAAGCGGGGUGGCCAGUCGCCAACUUCACGCCGACGACAAUGAAGGUGAUCCACCACGGGGCUCGCGACCUCCUUCCGCCGUCGCCGCCGCCGGGCGUCAGGCUGCGCUUCCCCAAAGGCAACAAGGGGGCGAUGGUGAAGCUGGUCCGGCAGCACCCGUCCCCUCAGCCGCCCAGUCUGGAGAGCCUGCAGGCGGCGUGGCGGAGUCCGGAGCGGAGGAGCGCCGGCGACCCGGAGGAGGGUCGCGCCGGGGGGCCUCCUCGCGCCCGCAAGAAGGGAUUCAAACCCCCCGACGUCAGGACCAUCUUCAGCCCCGGGGAGAAGGACCCCAGGGUGAAGGAGGAGCGCGGCGAGGGCCACGGCUUCGGAACCGGCGGGGAGGGCACCUGGUGUGACGUGUGCUGCGGGUACAUCUUCCACGGGGGGCUCACCUGUGCAGCCUGCAAGUACGCGUGUCACGCCGCCUGUCGAAGCCGCGUGACCCUCGACUGCCACCCUCCUGCGGUGGCGUCGCCCGCCACUCAGGACCGGCUCAACAAUAACGGCAACCUCGCGACGCCGACACAUGACGCGGCCGAGUCGCAGACGAGACUUUUGCCCCCGCCAAUGACGUGGACGAGCACCAUGAGCAGCGGCUACAGCAGCUUGGAGGACGACUCCGAGGAAUACUUUUUCACGGCCAGGACUUCUUUCUUCAAGAAACCUUUGGGCAAAGUCGCAGAGAGCAAGGAUGUGGACCAGGAGAGCAAGCUGCGCACCGAGUUCAGCCGCGAGGAAAUCAGGCACAAGAUCGAGCAGUACAACACGUUGACCCGAGACCACCUCAAAAUGACCCUGGGUUCCGGCGGCGUGUACACGGGCUUCAUCAAGGUCCAGAUGGACCUGCGGAGGCCGGUGACGGCGCGCGGCGGCGGCGGCGACGCGGCGGCGGCCGAGGCCUUCUACCUGCCGCGGGGCGUCAGCAACACGCUGCACGUCAGCUCGCAAAACACCGUCAGACAGGUGAUUGUGGCGCUCUUGAAUAAAUUCACCGUCGCUGACAACCCGGCGAAGUAUGCCCUGUACAAACGGUUCCACCGUGACGAGCAAGUGUACGUUUGCAAGCUGUCGGACGCGGAGCAGCCGCUGUUCCUCCGUCUGUUGGCGGGACCCGACGACGCCACGCUGGGCUUCAUCCUGCGGGAGCAGCAGACCGGCGAAGUCUUGUGGGACGCUUUCUCCGUCCCGGAGCUGCGCAACUUCCUGCGUAUCCUGGACAAGGAGGAGGACGAGCAGAAGGAGGCGCUGCUGCGGCGCUACGACGUCUAUCGCCACAGACUGAAGGAGGCGCUGCGGGAGGUGCGAGGAGGAGCCCCUUGAGACUUGAACCUUGACCCCGAGGGGGGGCAUUUUGAUUUGGUUUUUUUUUUUUUUGGUUUUUGGUUUUUGCUUCAUAUCACGCAUGGCAAAAAGAAGCAUUUGGACUUUUUGGACUGCUGUGCCAUGGACUCCCAAAAGACUUUUUCAAUUCCCUCACAACAGUCUGUACAGAUUAUUAUUAUUUUUUUUUUUGUUAAUUUAUACGGGUGGAGCCUUUAAUUUUUAGUUCAGCAGCUGCGGCGGAACUAUCACAACGCAGAGAAGCGAAGAAAAACCAAAGCAAACACGAAGGAGUUGAGCCGGGAAGACGAGAAAGUCGGAAUCGGGAAGACGACGGCGCUUCGUUUUGGCGGAUUCGGGAAGUCGAUCGCGAGGGGAAGAGGAAGUGGAAUGAAAAGCGGCUGAGGUGGGCGAGCGUCCGUCGAAAGUGGACACGCGACACGUGAUGCGCGCAGAGCAGGAAAGAGAAAUUGCAGUUUGGGGGAUUUUGAGUGAAAUUUGAAAAUGCGGCUGAGUUUUGUCGGGAAAUUUGCAAACCUUUUGCGAGUCGUCUGUUAGCACACGGGAAGGAAAAGCUCGUUGUGACCGAAGCAACAGAUGUUGCUGGAUUUUGAAGAGUACAGUCAGUCCGCUUGCUUGCUUGCUUCUUCUUUGUGGUACACCAGACGCGAGCAUCAGCAUUUGUAGUCAAACGGCACCUUCUAGUGGACAAAUGCCACAGCUACUCCAAUUUGUGUCUAUUUUUGUCUUUUUCUUAUUCUCGCGCAAUAUUUAACCAAAGAUUUUUUUGUGGUGUUGCCUGGAGCAAAACAAAACAAAAAAAAAAAAAAAAAGAAACUAGAUGCAGAAUAUAUCGAGUAGAGGUUUAUUUAAAUGAGUUAUGUCUAUUAAACACUGGCUUAAACGGAGCUAAAGGGGGCAUUACGGUCAUUUUUCAAAUAUUUACAUCGUCUGUAUGGACUCAAUAAAUGGAAAAAUGGGGCAUUUAGGAAUUAGUUUAAAAAAAAAAAAAAAAAAGAUAGCUGGACUAGUUUUGGCCUCCGUACUUAACUCCAAACGUCUCCAAGGAAACACUCGUCACAUGUGGAUGUCGGAAGCUGAACUUGACAUCAGUUGUAGCAACUUUUUAUUUUGUGGGGGCACUUUAAAUGACGUAAAUUCAGGGACGACGGGUUGCUGAUUUUUCUUUUUUGGUGAUGAUGACUUUUUUUCAUUUUAUUUUAUUUUGUGUUGUUUUUUUUUGGCCCAACUUCCUCCUCCCUUGCGUUUUUCUUGUUUGAUGGCCUCUGCGGGCGGCCAUUUUUUUUUUUUUUUGUGCGUAUACACUGAAUCGGUCAUUAUUUGAGCCUCAUAUCCGUGCAUGAUGUGUUACUAUGGCAACGUGUUAUCCAAAGGCUGAUGAUAUAUGAUGCAUAUUUUCGAACUGGAUAGUUAACAAGUGUGCGACGACAGUCGCGCAUCUUUUCAUCCGUGUGUUGAGUUAAUCAAAAUGGUGAUUAUUUUAUAGCUGUAUUCAAAGCCUUGAAGCCAUAUUGAAGGAAGAAGUUCAUCCAUGGGAAAACCUCAGCCGUGCCUUUGUUCCAUUGAAUACAAUCUGCAGGUAGAAAAAUGUAUUUUUGCUGUAAUGCUCCACUUGUGCGGGAGAGGAGAGCUGUGCAGC